CCAACAGAAGUAGCCAACAGAAGUAGGAAACGACGAGAGAGAGAGUCCAAGGGAAAAGGCUGGAUUUUUUAGCGGCUUCCAAUGGCUACUGCUUCCUUUAUAUCCUCCAUUGGAGAAUACGGGGCCGUUUGGGUGAUGGGAAGCCAGUUUCAAUGGAAUCUUCUUCCACUUCUUCCAGAUUCCGAUUCCGGGACCUGCCGGAAAUGGAGAACUCCACGCAGUCCGACACCGCCUCUGACUUGUCCUCCGUGUCCAGCGACGGAGAAGACGACGAGUCCGACCUUCAAUCCAUGACUGGAAAGGGAAUUAAGCAUCUGUGUUCAGAACUCUUGGAGCUAAAGGCUGCAUCCGGCGAAGAAUUUCACAAACACAUCUUUUCGAAUUAUUCGGCCUUCGUCAGAAUAUUUGAAGAAGUAGGGCUUGUGGAAAAUGAGUUGAAGCAACUGAAGAACCAUGUAGUGACCCAAAAGAGGCUUGUAAGUGAACUUGCAGAUGGCAUAUAUUUGAAGGUUUUAUCAAAGGAGACUAUAGACUUGGUUUUUGAAGAACCCGAAUUUUCGGAAUUUUCAGAACCAGUUACCAUCACCAACUUAGGGGAUCAUGCAAAUGAUGUUUUAGCAACCUUGGACACUCUCUUGUCUGAAAACAGAAUCGAUGAAGCAUUGACCAUCUUCGAAUUAGAGGACGAGAAUUUCCAGAGGUUGCAGUUUGAGGAGGGUCGCCCGUUGGAUGAGCUGAGGUUAUUUAGUACUGAAAUUUCCGAGAGGAAGGCUUUGGUUACAAUGCAGUUGACAAUGGUGGCUGAAAAUCCAAGAAUAGCUGCGCCGGAACUUCAGAAAGCGCUGGUGGGGCUCUGCAGACUAGGUGACAGCCAUCUCGCAACACAAUUGUUGAUCAAGUAUUACCGUUCGCGCAUUGCGUCUGGGACACUAAAUUUGCAGGCUUCGAAAUCGUUUUUGAAUAGGGUUUAUAUCAGGGAGCUUUCAAAGUUUGUGUUCUCUAUGAUUUCUCAAGCAGCAAGAAGUUUUGUGAUGUUAUAUGGGGAGACUUCUUCUUAUGCAUCAGAACUUAUCCAGUGGGCUCGUAGAGAAACAAAAUUGUUUGGUGCUUGUUUCGACAGGUAUGUGAAAUCCAUAUCAGAAAUAAGUGGUGGAUUGUCCACAGCAGUAGAAGCUGUGCAGUUUGCAAUGUCUUUUUGCUCUUUGUUGGAAAGUCAGAGAUUAGUGUUGCGGCCGUACUUGAUCAACUACAUUCGCCCUUGUAUCGAAGAGGUUCUGCGUAAACACCUAGACCAUUUUAAGAAAGUCGUCGAUAUCUUUACAGCAACUGAUGCUUGGGUUUUGGGAAGAUAUCUUGUAUCUGGAAUCAUGAAUGAAGGGUGCUCUUCCAUGGUUGUUGGCCAACAACCAGAAUAUUGCUUGCUCACAAACAGCGGCAGGAAGUUUGUAACGCUGCUGCAGUCUAUCACUUUAGAUGUCACCCCAUUAGUUUCCCUUCAAAUCGAAGGAUUAAUCGUUAGCGGACUUAUGAAUCUCUUUAAAAAGUAUGUAGACAUCCUUGCGAUAGCCAUCAACUGUCAGGUGACUGUUAAAGAAAAAAGUAAUCCAAGAAUAUACUUGGCCGAGUCAGUGCAGCAACAGGUUUCAAUACUAGCCAAUCUGUCAUCGCUCGAGCAACUCUUCUCCAACAUGGUUAGAAGUAUCUUCAAGGCUGUCAGUGACAUCAACUCUGAGUUAAUGAAAACCCUUCCAGACAGUUAUCAAGCGAAGGAACUUGAUAGUUGUAUCUCAUUGAUUCAGGAGGCUUCUAGUCGUCUCAGAGAUCUUUAUUGUGAGCAAUUUAUAUGUAAAAUUAUGUCCCUAAGAAAUAGUGACAACCUUACUCCCGAAAAUUGCAUUGACGACCAGGGUGAGUCUUGCGUGUUCCAGGGAUUGAUGCCCUCUCUUGCUUCUCAGGUACUGUUUUUAGAACUUCGGAAACUGGAAAAGCUUUCUGAAGACAAUGUCUUUGAAAUUGAUUGGUUAAUGGAGCUACUAAGGGAGCUCAUAGAGGCCGUAUUUGCUUGGAUUCCAAACAACAUAGAGAUCUGGGAUACCGAUAGCGAGAAUAUGAUGGAAGAGCAUCCUUUCAACUCGAAGCAGUUUGUUUUGGACGUGCAAUUUCUGGUGGAAAUCUCAGCGUAUGGAGGAUACUUCUCCAACAACCCUUUGUUUCUCAUAAAUCUCAUGAAAUCGGCCUUGCUUUCAGCUGGACUAGAUCCAAAAAGAGAUGUCAGCGAGGAUGUAUGGGCUAUAGACUCUGCUGCCGAAGCAAUCCAAAAGCUGCUGGAGAUUGAGAAUUCACAGUCACGUGUGGACCAAGAGCCUCUCUCUGAACUAGAAUCAGGGGAGGAGGAACCAUGCAAGUUCGCCACUGAAUCUUUCCAGGAUGAUCGUAGUUCUUCAGAGGAGGAUGCAGUAGUCACAGAUGAUUCAGAAGGCGUCUCCAAUGCAGAAUUGGAACCAUUGAAUGCAGAAGAACCAUGCAUGGAGAAGUUCAAGAUUUCCACCGACUCUGUUCAGGAUGAUGCUUGUUCUUCAAAUGAGAGUUUAGUAGCCACAUAUGGUUCGGAAGGUGCGCUUAAUGCUGAAUCAGAACCAUUGGAUACAGAACCAUCUGGGGACCAAUCCAAGAAUCCGGCUAAGUCUUUUGCGGACAAUGUUAUAAGCUCUUUAGAAGAUUAUGCAGAGUCAGAGGAGGACGAAAUGGCCACAUAUGAUCCUGGAUGCAUGGAGAAGUCCGAAAAUGCAUCUGAAUCUUUUCAGGAAGAUGUUACAAGUUCUUUGGAUGAUUCUGUGGAACCGGAAGUUGCCAUUAAUGCUGAAACAGAAUCGUUUGCUGAACCACGCACUGUUGAAUCACAGCGCGUAACUGAGUCUUUCGAGGAUGAUGCUUUAAGUCCUUCAGAGGAUGAUGUGGUAGCCAUGGACAAAGCUGAAGCUGCCUCUAGCGCAGAAACAACACCAUUGAUUAAAGAACCAUGUCCUCAAACUAAGGUCUUCGAAAAAGCGUCUGACAAUGCAGUUGAUACGUUACAGAUCAUUGAAGAAACUAAUGAACCAUCUGCAUAGUUGGCUGCGACGGACAUCUAUGAGGCCGUGGAGAAGAACGUUCCGGCAGAGGAAGGGAAUGACGGUCAAUGUGAUGAACAGGCUAUAAGAAAAUAAAACAAAUGACAGAAGCUUUUUUAUUUAUUUAUGUAUUGUAUCAACAAAUUGUGACAAUGUUCAACCUAAUUUGCUUUAGAA